CCUCCCACACAAAUCAAAAGCUAGCAACAUCUCACUUUUUCACACCCAAAUUCUCUCAUCUCGUAGUUUCUCGAGCGUCCGAUCUUCGCCGGAUCAAUGGCCGGAAAGGGAGAUGGCCCCGCUAUCGGGAUCGAUCUCGGCACUACCUACUCUUGCGUGGGUGUGUGGCAGCACGACCGCGUGGAGAUCAUCGCGAACGACCAGGGGAACAGGACGACGCCGUCUUACGUCGCCUUCACCGACACCGAGCGGCUGAUCGGUGACGCGGCGAAGAACCAGGUCGCCAUGAACCCCACCAACACCGUCUUCGAUGCCAAGCGUCUGAUUGGUAGGAGAUUCAGUGAUGCCACUGUUCAGAGUGACAUCAAGCUUUGGCCAUUCAAGCUCGUCGCUGGUCCUGGUGACAAGCCCAUGAUUGUGGUCAACUACAAGGGUGAGGAGAAGCAGUUUGCUGCUGAGGAAAUCUCAUCUAUGGUCCUCAUAAAGAUGCGUGAGAUUGCCGAGGCCUAUCUUGGUGCGACUGUGAAGAAUGCAGUUGUGACUGUCCCGGCUUACUUCAAUGACUCUCAGCGCCAGGCUACAAAGGAUGCUGGGGUCAUUGCCGGUCUCAAUGUGAUGCGUAUUAUUAAUGAGCCAACUGCUGCAGCCAUUGCAUAUGGUCUUGACAAGAAGGCGAGCAGCGUUGGGGAGAAAAAUGUGUUGAUUUUUGAUCUUGGUGGUGGUACUUUUGAUGUCUCACUGCUCACCAUUGAAGAGGGUAUCUUUGAAGUGAAGGCCACAGCAGGUGACACUCAUCUUGGUGGGGAGGACUUUGACAACAGAAUGGUGAACCACUUUGUUCAGGAGUUUAAGAGGAAGAACAAGAAGGAUAUUAGUGGUAACCCCAGAGCACUUAGAAGGUUGAGAACUGCCUGUGAGAGGGCGAAGAGGACACUAUCAUCUACUGCUCAGACAACCAUUGAGAUCGACUCAUUGUAUGAGGGUAUUGACUUCUAUUCAACCAUUACUCGUGCGAGGUUUGAGGAGCUCAAUAUGGAUCUCUUUAGGAAGUGUAUGGAGCCUGUGGAGAAGUGUUUGAGAGAUGCAAAGAUGGACAAGAGCACUAUCCAUGAUAUUGUCCUCGUUGGGGGUUCUACUAGGAUUCCCAAAGUGCAGCAGCUGUUGCAGGACUUCUUCAACGGUAAGGAGCUUUGCAAGAGCAUUAACCCAGAUGAAGCUGUCGCCUAUGGUGCUGCUGUUCAGGCUGCUAUCUUGACUGGCGAGGGUAACGAGAAGGUUCAGGACCUGUUGCUAUUGGAUGUCACCCCUCUGUCCCUUGGGUUGGAGACUGCUGGAGGUGUCAUGACUGUGUUGAUUCCACGGAACACCACCAUCCCCACCAAGAAGGAGCAGGUUUUCUCGACCUACUCCGACAAUCAACCAGGUGUUCUGAUCCAGGUUUAUGAGGGUGAGAGGACAAGAACCAGGGACAACAAUUUGCUUGGAAAGUUUGAGCUUUCCGGCAUCCCUCCAGCUCCCAGGGGUGUUCCUCAGAUUAAUGUCUGCUUCGAUAUUGAUGCUAAUGGUAUCUUGAAUGUUUCUGCUGAGGACAAGACCACUGGCCAAAAGAACAAGAUCACUAUCACCAAUGACAAGGGAAGACUGUCUAAGGAAGAAAUUGAGAAGAUGGUGCAGGAGGCCGAGAAGUACAAGUCCGAGGAUGAGGAGCUCAAGAAGAAGAUCGAGGCCAAGAAUGCUUUGGAGAACUAUGCAUACAACAUGAAGAACACUAUUAGGGACGAAAAGAUCAGUUCCAAGCUAGCCCCAGCAGACAAGAAGAAGAUUGAGGAUGCAAUUGAACAAGCCAUCCAAUGGCUCGAUGGCAACCAGCUUGCGGAGGCCGACGAAUUUGAGGACAAGAUGAAGGAGCUCGAAAGUAUCUGCAACCCCAUCAUAGCCAAGAUGUAUCAAGGUGCUGGUGGGCCUGACAUGGGUGGCGACAUGGAUGAGGAUGUUCCUCCUGCUGGUAGCAGUGGUGCUGGUCCUAAGAUUGAGGAGGUUGACUAAGAGCUGUGAUCCGCUCUUUGGUUUGAUGAUGGUGAUAUUCGGUUCUGUUUAGAUUUGGUAUCUUAGUAUAGUAGUCGAUUUAUGAAAUUUUGUGGAUUUUAUAUUUUGGUAAGGGCUUGUUUGGUAUACCAGGAGCCCGAGGAUUAUUAUUAUUUUUGGAAUUCGUAUUAUUUAGUUUUUCGUAUCGGUAUUAUUAAUUAA